AUGAAUAUUAAAGAAUCAUUAGAUAAAACACCUACUCAGCUAAAUCUGAAUGAAAGUGUCAUCACAGACCAUGCCACUGUUUCAAAUAUAUUUUACAACUACUUUGUCUCUAUUCGUGAAAAACUACUCAAUAAUGUUAUGCCAUCAAAAUAUACAUAUAGUGACUUUCUUAAUUUUCCUAAUGGUAAUUCUUUCUUUAUUGAUUCUGUCUUAUCUGUCGUAUCUAGUCUUAUUCUUAUUACUCUUAAAAAUGAUAAAAUUUAUAAACCUAACAGCAUACCAACAUUUUUUCUUAAACUUACCUCUCACAUAAUCUCCAAACCUCUUAGCAUUAUGAUAAAUAAUCUUUUAAAAAAUGGCGAAUUCCCUGAAGUUUUUAAAGAAGCUCAAGUCAUUCCAAUUUAUAAAGCAGGCUCCUUAAAAGACUUUUCUAACUAUCAACCCAUUUGGCUUCUUUCCAACCUAAGCAAAGUUUUUGAGAAGGCUAUGCAUAACAGGCUAUACAAGUUUCUAGAAAAAUUUAAAUGCUUGUACCAACAUCAAUAUGGAUUUCGAAGCAAACAUUCUACAACCCUCGCACUUAUUGAAAUUACUGAGAAGAUUAGAAGAGCACUAAAUAAUAAACACUUUGCAUGUCGGAUGUUUGUAGAUUUACAGAAAACUUUUGAUACUCACAACGAUUAUUAUCUGCGUUCUCAAGUACUUCUUUCGUGUGAUUAA